UUCCCGUGGAGGCACGGCCCGCUGCGCUGGCGGGUUAUGGGUGUUGGGACGAAGGCGAGGGCCUCCCACUGAGGGCACCUUUUGAGGCUUGGAUCCACCGUGCUGGACGAGCCUGUGUUGGACGUCAAGGUCUUUGCCACCACGGUCUCCCUGAGAGCUACUCACUGAAUUCUCGCCCUUAGUACAAAGUGUCCCGUACCUGUUGUUAGAAGAGUUGGGAAACCUUCCAAGGCCUCAUACUUAGUAACCACUCAAAUUUUGAUUGGAGACUUGCUUUUUAUGUUAAGACAGCAGAAAAAAAGUUGCUUCAACCCUCCUUUCAGAUAAUGGCUUUUCUAAAUAAGCCCUCAAUCUUUCAGACAGCCGUCGCAACAAAUUAAAUGGGGGAAUGUUAAGAGACUAGGGAAAGACCUCUGCCACUGGACUUUAAGGAGCUGAAGCUCAGAAUACCCAACCCAUGGUCCUGUUCGAUGGUCCAGUUAUUCAGUGCUUAAAUGCCUAGUUUCGAUAGCAUCAUCUUCCUGGGUAGUUUCAAGUUUGCCUAAUUAAUAAUAAUAGAAUAGUUUUUUUUUUUUUUUUUUUUUUUUUUUUUCUUGAGCAAGUAAAUAAUGAGCUGGUGAGGUACAAAGCUAGGAGAUAUUAGGAAGAAAGCAGAUAGUGAUGAGCGAUUUUUGUCGGAAGUCCCAGAAAAAUUGAAUACCAUGUGUGGAUAAUUAGGUCCACUAUUUCCUGUGUAAGGCUUUAGAACUCCCUUCCUCUAGUUAUAUAGAUUAAUCUGUACUAGGGAGACCGGGAGAGUUCCUGAGAAAAAGACUAACUCCUUUAUUCAGGCAGAUGAAUACUUGACAAGAUAUUCAGAGGUCACCAUAACUGAAACACCUGAAGAUGACUAUGAAUAUGAAGAGAUACAAGAUGACAAUUUUAGCAUACCAGAAGGUGAAGAAGAUCUGGCAAAAGCAAUUCAGAUGGCCCAAGAACAGGCUACAGAUACUGAAAUUUUGGAACGGAAAACAGUUCUUCCUUCAAAGCAUGCAGUACCUGAAGUAAUAGAAGACUUUCUCUGCAAUUUCCUGAUGAAAAUGGGAAUGACCAGAACUCUUGAUUGCUUUCAGUCUGAAUGGUAUGAGUUAAUCCAAAAAGGAGUAACUGAACUUAGAAGUGUUGGGAAUGUUCCAGAUGUCUACACCCAGAUUAUGCUUUUGGAAAAUGAAAACAAAAAUUUAAAGAAAGACUUGAAGCACUACAAACAGGCAGCUGACAAAGCUAGAGAAGAUCUGCUGAAAAUUCAGAAAGAACGUGAUUUUCAUCGAAUGCAUCACAAGCGAAUAAUUCAGGAAAAAAACAAAUUAAUUAAUGACCUCAAAGGGUUGAAGUUACAUUAUGCAUCUUAUGAACCAAGUCUAAGGGUAUUACAUGAGAAGCAUCAUACUUUACUAAAGGAGAAAAUGCUGACCUCCUUGGAAAGAGACAGAGCAGUUGAGCAGAUUUCUGGACUUCAAGAAACAUUGAAGAACAUGGAAAUAGGACAUAGUUACUAUGUUACUGAAACUAAAGUUGAUUAUAGUUGUGAAAAAAAAAACACACCAGAAGGUCCUACUCAGAAAAGUCUUCAUGAAGCCAGGGAACAAAACAAAUGUAAAACAAAGAUGAAAGGCAAUACAAAGCUUGGUGAGCAGGAGUGUGACUGCUUUCAUUCAAGCAGUUCAGAGAUUUCUGGAUUCUUGUCUGGUGACCAAAAGAAUAAGGAUUCUGAAUUUCCCGUAGAUAUGCAACUGAAUCCAAACCUGAAUGUUUGUAAAGAAAAUCUUUCUCCAGCAAAAUUUGACUACAAGCUGAAAAACAUUUUUAGACUUCAUGAACUUCCAGUGAGCUGUGUCUCUGUGCACCCCCACAAAGACAUCCUAGUCUCCUGUGGUGAAGACAGACUCUGGAAGGUGUUGGGCAUUCCAAAAGGCAACGUGCUUCUCACAGGAGUUGGCCACACUGACUGGCUUUCAGACUGCUGCUUCCAUCCCAGUGGCAACAAAUUGGCUACAUCAAGUGGUGACACUACAGUUAAACUAUGGGAUCUAUGUAAAGGCAACUGCAUUUUGACGUUCGAAGGACAUGGCCAUGCAGUAUGGUCCUGCACAUGGCACUCCUGUGGCGAUUUUGUGGCUUCCUCCUCGUUGGAUAAAACUAGUAAAAUCUGGGAUGCUAAUAGUGAAAGAUGCAGAUGUACUUUGUAUGGACAUACAGAUUCUGUGAACAGCAUUGAGUUUUUUCCUUUCUCCAAUACUCUUCUGACAGGUUCUGCAGACAAGUCCCUGUCUUUAUGGGAUGCAAGAACGGGUAAAUGUGAGCAGUCACUUUAUGGUCACAUGCAUUCUAUCAACGAUGCCAUUUUUGCUCCCAGGGGUCACAUGAUAGCAUCCUGUGAUGCCUGUGGGGUUACAAAGCUGUGGGACUUUCGGAAGCUGUUACCAAUUGUAUCCAUAGAUUUAGGUCCAAGUCCCGGCAAUGAGGUGAAUUUUGAUUCAUCAGGUCGAGUUUUAGCUCAGGCGAGUGGCAAUGGUGUUAUCCAUUUGCUAGAUCUUAAAUCUGGGCAGAUUCACAAAUUGCUGGGCCACGAAAGAGAGGCGCACACGGUUGUGUUUUCUCACGACGGGGAGAUUCUGUUUUCUGGAGGAUCUGAUGGCACAGUUCGAACGUGGUCUUGACCGUCAGCAUAUCCCGCUGCGGAGGGUAUUCCCUUUAAGGCUUGAAAAUGCCUCCUGUAGUCCCAAACCAGUAAAUAACUGGUUAAAUGUGCCAGCAGGUAACAUUUACAGUUUGCUUUAAAACGUGCUUUGGACAUAUAUUUUAGUGCUCAGACUGUUACUAAUAAAAAAAUAACUUUAUGCUCA